CGAGUUGGAUCGAAUCGGGUUGGGUCGAGUCGAGAACUACACUGCUACCCACUUCAUUCAUAAGGCAAAAUAUAAAUUUGUUAAAGAAAUGACAAAGAAAGAUAUAACAAAGAGCGAAAGAAAGAGCAUUGAAUGCGUUGCCCAACUCCCUUAAAGACACAUCAUUUUGCAGCCCUUGUAUUGUUUACUACCCACUGCCUUAUUCCUUCAUACACUCCACAUUCCCUCCUUUAUUCCCCUUUUUCUCUCUCCUCUUUUCCCUUCUUUUUUCUUCUCUAUAUAUUUUCCUAUCAAAAAUAUAAGUAUUUAUUAUUUAUAAUUAAUUAAUAAAAAUUCUGCCUCAUUUACAAUGAAUCAGAGGUCUUCUGUAGAAUCAGUUGAAGAGGGAGUAUCACAUCAGAACUUUAAGCGUGUUUGGUGUUCAGCUGUGCUUACUCUGGCAUAUCAGAGUCUUGGAGUAGUUUAUGGUGAUCUUAGUACCUCACCUUUGUAUGUGUACAAAACCACAUUCUCGGAGAAAUUAAGCCUUCGUGAAGAUGAUGAAGACAUUUAUGGGGUGCUUUCCUUCAUAUUCUGGACAUUUACGCUGGUUGCCCUUUUCAAAUAUAUUUUUGUUGUUAUGUCAGCUAAUGAUAAUGGCGAAGGCGGCACUUUUGCAUUGUACUCAUUGUUAUGUCGGCAUGCAAAUCUUGGUAUUCAACCAAACGAUGAGAAGUUAUCUGCAUAUGCCAUUGAGAAUUCAGAGCACACAGCAAGGAGUUUCAAGCUACCAAUUGAGAAGCACGAACGAUUUCAUAAAGCUUUGCUGAUCUUUGUUCUUCUGGGGACAUGUAUGGCUAUCGGGGAUGGUGUACUCACACCUGCAAUCUCAGUUCUUUCAGCAGUGUCAGGAGUUCGUCUGAAAUUCACUGGACUUCAUGAAAAUUAUGUUGUUGUGAUUUCAUGCAUCAUUUUGAUAGUCCUAUUUUCUCUCCAACACCAUGGAACACACAGAGUUUCUUUCAUGUUUGCACCAAUUGUCACAGCAUGGCUUCUUUGUAUCAGCAGCAUCGGGGUUUAUAAUAUAGUAAGAUGGAAUCCAAGUGUUGUUAAUGCGCUAUCUCCUGUUUAUAUGUUUAAGCUACUUAGAAACACAGGCAUGGCAGGAUGGAUGUCCCUAGGCGGAGUUGUUCUCUCUAUUACAGGUGUGGAGACUAUGUUUGCUGAUUUGGGUCACUUUUCUGCUUGUUCAAUUAAGAUAGCUUUUACUUUUUUGGUGUACCCUUGUUUGGUUUUGGCUUAUAUGGGUGAGGCUGCCUUCCUCUCUCGCCACCAUGAAGAUAUCCAGAGGAGCUUCUACAAAGCCAUUCCAGAACCCGUUUUCUGGCCAGUUUUCAUAGUGGCCACAUUUGCGGCAGUAGUAGGAAGCCAAGCUGUAAUAACAGCAACGUUCUCUAUCAUAAGCCAGUGUUGUGCUUUAAACUGUUUUCCUCGAGUCAAAAUCAUUCAUACUUCAAGUGAAAUAUAUGGGCAGAUCUACAUUCCAGAAGUGAAUUGGAUGCUAAUGUGCCUAUGUCUGGCUGUAACAAUUGGAUUGAGAGAUACAAAUAUGAUAGGUCAUGCUUAUGGUCUAGCUGUCACCACAGUGAUGUUCGUGACUACAUGCUUGAUGGCAUUGGUUAUAGUUGUAGUGUGGAGAAAGAGGAUAGUUAUUGCAGUAUCAUUUUUAUUGUUUUUUGGAUCCAUAGAGCUCCUUUAUUUCUCAGCUUGCCUUUUCAAGGUUCCCGAGAGUGGUUGGAUUCCUCUAGCUUUAUCUUCAAUCCUGAUGGUGGUAAUGUACGUUUGGAACUAUGGUACAUCAAAGAAACACCAAUUCGACAUGGAGAACAAGGUUUCUGUAGACCGGAUAGUUGCUUUAGGCCCUAGUUUGGGCAUGGUUCGGGUACCAGGUAUUGGUUUUCUAUACACUAACCUUGGCACAGGAGUACCAGCUGUCUUUGGACAUUUUGUGACAAAUCUACCAGCGUUUCACCAAAUCCUGGUUAUCGUUUGUGUAAAGUCUGUGCAUGCCCCCUAUGUUACGGAAGAUGAGAGAUUUAUUGUUGGGAGAAUUGGCCCCAAAGAAUAUGGCAUGUUCCGUUGUGUUGUUCAGUAUGGUUACAAGGAUUUACUGCAGGAGAACUAUGAUUUUGAAAACAGAGUGGUUUCCGAGCUCAUUAGGUUCGUAGAAACAGAAGAACAUGACCCUGGAAAAGGUAUUAUGCAAGAAGCUGAUACAUCUACACACAUGAUAGAAUACCAAAAUCAUGAAGCUGGUGCACUGGAUUCGAAGUUAAUGGAUCUCAACCUUGGUAACUUGGAUACUUUUAUCCACAGAGAUGAGUCGAUCAAAAUCUUGAGAGCAAGGGAAUCAGGUGUUGCGUACAUUUUCAGUCAUUCUUAUGCAAAAGCGAAGAAAUCAUCUUCGAUCUUCAAGAAAUUUGCUAUCAAUAUCCUGUAUGCUUUUCUAAGCAAGAACUGCAGGGGACCAGAUGUUGCCUUAAACGUUCCUCAUACUUCUCUGCUUGAAGUUGGCAUGGUAUACUAUGUGUAGAGCAGUAGAAUUAACAGCUUGACAAGUAAACUGUAAAUAUAUGAUAGCUACUUGACGGACUACCCUAUCAAAAUUACCAUAUACUACUACUCGUACCUCUUUGGCAUGCUAUUCGAGACAGUGAUUAGAAAAAAUAAACGGGAAAAUUAAGUUUUAUCAACAAUAAGAGGAAAGGUUUCGUUUA